AUGUAAAAAUUUUUAAAGUUAUGGAUCGCAUUAUUCUACUACCAAACAGUCAUUUUAGGCCUCCUAUAAGAGAUAAAAAAUGAUAGAAACUUGUUAGUCCUUGGUGGAAACAAUUGUUUUUAGGCUUAAUAAAAACAAGCAUAUCCUUAGAUAGUGGGAGGAAAGUUAGAUGAAACUAGAUUUUAAUGCUUAGGUUUUGAUGCAAAUAGAAUUUUAGUGGGAGGACUUUCAAGUUCAAAAGAUAUUGUAAAGAACUCUAAUUCUCCUGUAGUUGUCUUCUUAGAUGCUAUCACAGGAGCUAUUGUUUGGCAUAGCUAGAUUAUUUAUAAACUAUCAACUUAGGUUAAGUAUUCAACAGGCAAGCUCUUAUCAUCAUUCUAUGGAAGUUAAAAAAAAGCAACUAAUUUUGAUUUCAAUCUCAUUCCAGUUUCUGCUGCUAUUACAGCAAGUGAUGAUGUUUUCGUAAUUGUAUAAAAUGGCUAGAUUACUGGGAUAAUCGGUGAUUCUACUCAAUCGUUUAUCCCUAACGGAGUAGAAUACUAUCUCACAAGCGAUCUUUAUGUAGGAGGUUCAUUAUAAUUGGAUCCAUUUUACUUGAAAAUUGACCAGUUUGAAGAAUAAACUGCAUCUACAGUUAAUAUGCUACUUUCUAUGUAUUUUAGUAAUGCAGAACAAGCAAUUUGCAUGGAUCUAGUUUUGAAUAACAAUGACUUAUAUGUAAUUUGGUAGACCUUGCCAACAAAAACUUACUAUGGCUAAAUUUCAUUGCUGUUAUAAAACCCUGCAACUCAAUUUAAAAUUAUGUCAAUGGAUAAUUUACCACUUGUCACUUCAGCCUAAUUUCUUACAUUUGAUAAUCCAAUCUACACUGGUUACCUAAAUUCAUUGCUAUCAAUGACCGAAAUUUAUAGCUUUGGCUAUGUGAUGAGAGUUGAUAAUGAAAAUUUAGUUUGCUUUAGUAAUGUUUAAACUUACUUAACAAUUAGUGAAGUCAGAUAAAGUUCAUUUUCGAGUAAUUUAGAUUCUAUUUAUAACCCAGCCUAUAUCUAAAUUACUAAUAAAAAUGAGAAAGACUUAGACCUCAUCGAUGAUGCUACAAUAGUAUCCUCCAAUUUGUUAACCUACAAAUCAAUUUAAGUACCAUCUGAAUGCUUAGAAACAUACCCUACUUAAUAUUCUAUUACACCACCAACAAAAUUAUCCACAGUUUACAGCUAUAAAUCUACUGAUUUUUUGAAGUUUAUAGUUUUUGAUCAAUUCAUUUAUAACAGUCCUCUUACUUGUGAUGAUGAAUACUGGUCCUAUUCGAUAUCAGUCAAUCCAACAGCUUCUUUUAUUUAUUUCAUUUAAGGGUCAUUAACAUAUGGAACUAGAGGAGGAACUAUUGCAAUAAUGACUUUUGACAAAAGUAAGGCUGGAGUAUACACAGUAACUAUUCAGGCUAAAGUUGCGGAUACCUAUACAUAUUCUCAUAUAAUAUCUCUGUAUGUUUUUAUGAGUGCACCAAUUUCUGGACCUGCUUCUGUUUCUACUAAUAAUCCCCCUGUAUUCGUAGAUACUCACAAUUUAGAUAGUAUAUAAAUGUUCGUUGGUGAACGCAAAUUUUAUAGUUUUCCUAAAUAUAGUGAUCCAGAUGGUAAUAAAGUAUACAUUUCAUUAUUUCCUUAGUUUUCAAACUAAGAGGUACCACCAUUUGUUAAACUGGAACAAGACAGAUUGAUAGUUGAGCCUCGAUUAGGAUAGGGUGUAGCCCCACCUACUAUUGCAAAUGAUGAUUAUACUGCUGAAACUCUUCCAACUGAAAAAGAUUUUGCGUUCAAUAUAAAAUCAAUAUCUUAAACAUAGUUUCUUACAAUAGAAUUCACUAAUCUCAUCAGGCUAGAUGGAUUCGACACUUCCACUAUGCAAGCAAAUGUUGUGGCAAAUCUUAUAAAAGCAUCAAUGUUUGGAAGUGUAGCAAUGAGUUUUACUCUUGGAAUAAGUUUACAACUUUUAUGGGGGAUGAUCAAUACUCUUUAACUAAUUUCCCAUACUCCAUUAUUCAAUAUUUAAUAUCCAAUACAUGUCAAGAUUUUUAUUCAAGCAUUGUUCAGCAUUCUUAAUUUAGACAUUUUUGAUGUUGAGAAAGAUCUUUAAGUAAUAUUUGACUUGAAGGAAAACGAUGAUUAUCCAGAAUACAAUGAACUAUUUACAUUUUUAGGCUAUGAUAACUCAAACUUUAUUUAUUUGAUAGGACUCCCAAUUAUAUUUAUACUAAUAUAUACAGCACUAAUCCUUGCAUUUUUCAUUUUAUCCUUAUUAAGAAUAAAAAGUUUCAUCUAAUUCAUUAAGAUGAAGUUUCUCAAAAUAAAAUGCCUCUACUUUUUGCCACUGGAUUUUUGGCAGGGAAUAAUAGCAUUCAUGUUUUUCAACUUGAUUUAUACAAUUUAUUUGAUUUAUGGAUCGCCUUUGGUAGAGGGACUAGGUGUUGAAAUUUUUAAUGAAAUUUGCAACCUUACUUUAAGUUAUUUUAUCAUGAUUUACUCUGAUUUUUUAGAUGAUCCAAUCACUAAAUACAGAUCUGGCUAUGUCUUUAUCAGCAUAUUUGUAUUUAAUAUGCUUACUAAUCUUGUAAUUAUUGUUUCAGAACUUAUUAAAUAAGGAAUAAAUAGAAUAAAGGCUUUAAAGUAAAGAAUGAAAUCAAGAAGAAUUUUAAGAUAUUCAAUAUUCACAGGAACUCAUUCUUAAUUGCUUAAAUUACUUGAUGAAAACAGAAAGAAAUUGUCUUUAAUGACUAAAUUUGAUGGGUCUGAAUUUGAUCAAGAAAUCAAUUAAAAGUAAAGUGAAUACUUUUACAAUCAUGAGAGUCAAAAAUUUAAAAAUCUUUAAAAUUAGCAAGAAAUUUAUCAAUCAUAAAACAACUUGCUUUAGCCUAUUAGUAAUAGUACGAGUUAUUCAAUCCUGAGUAAAAAUAGAUAAGACUUAAAUUAUGAUCAACUAUCACAUAAUUAGAAUAAAUUGAAAAGUAAUCAAUUUGAUCAAUAGAAAAUUAGGGAUUCAUCUAAACUUGGUCAUAAAACACCUAUGAAUGAGGAUAUACUACUUAAUGUUGAAGAAUUGACGAAUGAAGAUAUAGAAAAUGAGAUUAUAGAUAGAUUUGACAUUGAAUAAGAUUAAUCCUUGGAUUAUCUAGAUGAAAAAUAUUCACCUGAAAUAAAGAGGAGAAAAAAUUUAGAUAGUAUAAAUAUAAAGUUUCUUUAAUUGGAUAGGAAUGCAUCAAACUUUGAAAUCCAUCCUGAUUAAGAUGUUUUCACUACUUAGGCAAAAAAUAAUAAUGCUUAAUUAUCCUAACAAAAGCUACCAUCAAAGUAGCCAAUGUUUUCUUUUAAAGAGAUUGAUUACGAAUAAGAUUAGCAUUUUUACAAUCACUAGCAUGAUGAGCACCAAAUGGAGCUAUCUUAGGUUGAUAGCCAUAUUUCAUAAAUCAUCAAACCAGUUGCUAGAAUAAACAGCAUACUUAACUCCCCUUAGUUAUAACCAAGAUAGAUUCCUCUUUUCUUAAAAAGGAUGCAUGAUAAGAACAGAAGCAGUAGUUUUAAUUAAAAAUCUGCUUAGAAAAGACUUAGCCCUAACCAUUUUUUAAAAAUGUCAAAUUAGUUUCAGACUGUCAAUAGGUUUAAGGAUGAAUUAUGA